AUGAAGGUCAACGCCAUCCUCAUGAUCACCGCCGCCUCGGCCGUCCUCGCCGCCCCGGUGCCCGACAACGCCCAGCCCACCCCCUCAGCCGUCCCGGCCGCGGUCAACGCCUACGCGAGCUACGAAGACUACACCUACAAGCAGUACUCCAGCUACGGCAGCUACGGCAACGCUACUCCUCCUCCUCCUCCCCAGCCCACCACCUACACCGCGUACUCCAGCUACGGCACCUACAAGCGUGUUGCGGACUGGAUCAAGUCCAAGUUGGAGUAA